CAUAUAUUUAUGACACAAUGCUUUCCUUAACCUUGAGACUAACGGACAAAUGUGAACAUUCAUGCGUUCGACCGGGGCGUAAACUUCAGAAUGUAACAAUCGUUGUGCCUGACUUUCGAUUCGAUUCAUUACGUCACGCACGUACAUCGAUGGGACAAUAUGCGAAUGCACGCGGCCGAAAGUGGGGUAGCGCAUGACACUUUACCCGAUUGAACCCGUCGAGCAUAUUAAUUAGGUGGGUUUUAUAAGCUACCUUUUCUAUGCACCCGGGAUAGUACCCACAAAUUGCUAGCUUAUGGUAGUGCUCAUUUCACUAUCAGUAGCGAAAGUGGCCAGUUGCCGAAAGGGUGUGCGCUAUUGCAUUCCAGUUGUUCAAUAUGAAAUCAAUCGUGCUGUGGAUCGUCCUGUUGGCAGUGGUACAACAAGUGUACUGUUUCUACAAUCCGUUCGAUUACAAUUUAAAUCUGCAGAAAUUUGAAUACUUUAAAUAUCCACCCAUUGGCAAAAGAGGCCCUCCGGUGCGUGAUGCCUCGGUAGCGCAAAAGGCACUGGCGGUUGUGAGCUAUUUUCACAACUUGAUUGCUGGCCAUCCGGUGCAGGAGAUGCGCUACUACAUUCCGUUCGAUCCGAACCGUGCGCAGCAGCUACGAGGCGCUUAUCAGCGACAGUUUGGAUAUCGGGGUGAAAAUUUGAUCGCUCUGAUCGGUAACGGCUAUUCGCCGCAGGCUUUGCGGUACUACGGAGCGAUUGGGAAGGAUUUUGGAAAGUACUGAGAAGAAGUGUAGUGUUAGUGUGCUGGUAGUGUAUUUAUUUAUAUUGUACAAAUUACUGCGAGGAGUCUGAAAUGGUAAUAAAAAGUACGGUGCCUACA